UACUAAAUUCUCUAGAGUUAUGGAGAGAGUUUAUGAAACAUAUAAUGGAAAUGGGCCGACUAGUAACGGCCACAUGGUUAUGAGACACUCUCCUUACCUGCCAGUCUCUAAGAAAUCAUUAACUUGGCUCGAUUUAAGAGUUUUCUAUGUCAGAGUAACCAAGUGUGAGACUGAUGAUUCAACUCCUGAAUACCUUACUCUAAACCAUGUCCCAUUGAAUCCUGAUACACUUCUUGAAGUAAAUGGUGUUAGAAUUGGCAUCUAUUCUGAUGGCUCAUCCACCCUUCUUAGAAGGGAUCGGCUAGAUAAAAAAUCUGAAGAAGCCAUUUUUGUGAGCACGGAUGGCAUAAGGUUGACAGGAAGUGUGAAGUUCGAGGUUUUUCAUAAGGAUACUCUUCUGCUUUCUGGGGUUGUAGAGUUGUGCGAUUGUAACGAUUACACUGAAGAGUCAAGAGGAAGUGGCCAGACAUGGAGCAUGAAUUGCGAAUCAGUUUUAACUUCAGGCACUGGCUUUUUGAAGGCCAAUCAAUUUCUCAGUCCAGAUUCACCUUCAUCCACAGUUGAGGUCUAUGUUACAGGGUCUUUCUUGGGCAGGCCAAUUAUAUUAACUAAAACUUUGCAGCCUAGUUUACAGAAGAAACAAAUGAAGAAGGCAAUGUUGGAUUCGAUACCAGAGAAUGAGGCAACAGAAGGCCAGAAAGAAGUUACUCCUUUGCAGAUACCAAACUACUUGAAUCAUAAAUCAGAAAAUGAAGAGUACAACUAUCUGUAUUCGGGAACAGCUUAUUUCGAUGGUGAAGACGGGGAGCUUUCUUGGUUCAAUGCUGGGGUGAGGGUGGGUGUCGGAAUCGGCCUCAGCAUCUGUUUUGGAAUCGGGAUAGGAGUAGGUUUACUGGUUCGUACCUACCAAGGCACUACCCGUAACUUUCGAAGGCGAGUACUAUAAUCAACACUUUCCUUUGCUUUUAUCCUUUUGCUAAAUAAGUCCUGCAUAUUUCCAUGAGCUAACUUCUGGUGUCUCUACCAUAUUUUCUUUGUGCGGAUUAGGAGCUCAUAAUUUGUGAUUAACUGAGAUAAGGCUCGAAUUUCGGCUUUUUCUUGCCUUUAAAUCUUAAAUAAGUAUGUAAUCUUGUUUUACACUCUGUACUACCUCAAUUUAGAAAGCUUUCAGACAUUUGAUUUCACAGACAUGAGAAUUCAGCCAUAUUUUAGCCUCUUCAUGUAGCUACCUUGUCUGCUGUCUGCAUUUUUGUUUUUAUGAAGCUGUUUCUACCUGUGUGUGUCCUGUCUUUUUUGGUUGAUAACAACAAAAUUUUGGUGAAGAAAGAAGACACAGAUCUCAUUGGGCAGAUAAUGAUUCAAUAUCCUUGCAAGUUGCAACUAAGUAGGGGUUAUCCU